AUGGGGGCUGAACAUUCUGUGGUCACCUUCCCCAUUGCCCCCUUUAGUGACAGGACUGCCACCAUCCUCGGGGCCACAGGGAAACAGGCAAUGCAACAGCCCCUCUGCCAAACCCAUCAAUGUGAACUUGGGGGCCACAUGAUUCUAGGUGAUGAGGUCAAUGUACCACUGGGCACCCUUGAAGACCCCUUGCCAGCAGAUUUUGGCUGGCUACAGGCUGUUUCAGUGUGGAAUCUCUUUGUGCAUGAGAAGAAACUCUCAUGCCUCUCCAACUCUCAGCAUACCAGGGGGUCCUCUGACAAGCGAUUCAACAGAUUCCCAGUAUGCCUUUGCUACUGUACACAUACAAAGGGAGGGCAAUCUACAAAGAAAAGGGCCUUACCGCAGCAGGGAAGAAAUCUCCUCAAGGAUGUCUGGCUUCCAAAAGAAGUUACAGUUCUACACUGCAAAGAAUACCAGAAUGGAGACAACCCCACAGUACAAGGAAAUUGUCUAGCAAACAAAGCAGCCAAGAAAGCAGCUAAUAAGGAGGUGCUGGACAUGAUGAUUGGGGAUGGAGUAGAGGUAAUGGUCACAGCCUUAUUCAUCCUCCUGCUGGUAUGCAGACUGCGAAUGAGUGCAGAAAACCCCAGCCCGGAUGGCCCAGGUAUUAAAGAUCCUGUGCAUCCAGAAGUGCAUCCAACACUGCCACAGAAGGAGUCCCCGCCCCCAGUGCUUGAAGCUGACUUGAUGAGGUGGCUCAGCCAGGGUGACUACGUCUUCUGGCCAGGCCAGCCGGAUGCCAGUGUCUAUGUGGUGAAGGAUGGGCUUCUGGAGCUCUGUCUGCCAGGGCCUGAUGGGAAGGAAUAUGUGCUGAAAGACGUGGUCCCUGGGGACAGCAUCAACAGCCUCCUGAGCAUCUUGGAUGUCAUCACCAGUCACAAGCAUCCCCAGGGCACUAUGUCUUCCCUGGGUGGCCUGAGACUCCAACGUGCUGCAACUGCCAGUGGAAGCCUUCUCUGCCAUGUUCACCAACUCUUCAGCCAUGGGAUCCAGCUCCUGCACCUCUUCCCUGGCCCUGGCUUCCUGGACUGCACCAGCCCCGUGCGUGGCUCCAAGCGGGUGGUCAGUGCCUCAACUAUCGAGGAGACAAGGGAGACUCUUGGCCAUCAACCUGACCUCACUGGGGCCCCACUACCUGAACCUGCAGGGGAACAAGUGACCACUCCUGAACAGCCAGGUCUUGCCCCAUCAUGCCAUCUGGCACCAUCAUCACCUGCCAAGGUGACAAGGAUAGUCAAGAGGGCCAACCCUGAGGAGCUCCAGACUUGGAAGACUGACCCAGGUCCGAUCUUCACCCCUGCUCCAGCCACACCCUGGAAGCUGGCUGCCACCGGACCCCCAGACACGGAGGGGAAUCAGCCCCAUCACUUUUGGCCUUUCGCCACUAGUGACCACUACAAUUGGAAAGCUCAGAAUCCUAAGUUUUCCGAGAAAAUGGCAGGGCUUAUUGAUUUAUUAGACUCUGUUCUUUUUACACAUCAGCCCACGUGGGACGAUUGCCAGCAGAUUUUGUAGGUACUGUUCAUGACUGAAGAAAGAGAAAGAAUCCUCAGUGGGGCCGGAAAACUAGUUUCGGGCACAGAUGGGAAUCCCACCACCAACCAGGCUCAGAUAGAUGCCUCCUUCCCCUUAACUCGGCCCCAGUGGGAUUUCAACACGGCCGAAGGUAAGGAGAGGCUCCGGGUCUACCGCCAGAUUCUAAUGGGGGGUCUCCAAAUGGCUGCUAGAAAGCCAGCCAAUUUGGCCAAGGUAGGAAAUGUACAACAGGGAAAAGAUGAAUCUCCGGCUGCCUUUUUAGAGCAGAUCAUGGAGUCAUUCCGUACCUAUACCCCCAUGGAUCCAGAGGUUCCAGAAAGCAAGGCAGCUGUUAUCAUGGCCUUUGUAAACCAAUCGGCCAUAGACAGUAGGAGAAAAUUACAGAAAAUAGAUAGACUAGGAGAAAAAAGUCUGCAGGACUUACUGGUGGUAGCCAAAAAGGUAUAUAAUAACCAGGAGCCUCCUGAGGACAAGCAGGCUCGCGCCAUGGCAGCUACCAGCAGUAAGCAGACUCGAGACCUGGCCAAAAUACUACUAGCUACCACUGCUGACUUCCCCGAGGAACAAGACCGCUGUCUCCGGCACCUGGGGGGGAAGCAGAGGCUGCAGAAAGAUCAGUGCGCAUACUGCAAGGGGAUAGGGCAUUGGGCCCGAGAGUGUCUGAAAAGGGCCAGCGGGAAGGGAAGCAAGACUGAUCGAGUAAAAGUCCUAGAGCUAGAUGAACUAAGUGCUUAGGGGAGUUGGGGUUCGGACCCUCUCCCCGAACCCAGGGUAACUCUUAAAGUAGAGGGGACCCCUGUUGACUUCCUUGACACCAGAGUACAAUAUUCGGUCCUCUGCACCCCACAAGGAAAAUUAGCCAGCAAGAAGUCCUGGGUACAAGGGGCAACUGGUAUGAGCCAGUAUUCAUGGACUACCCAAAGAACGGUAGAUUUGGGGACGGGCCCGGUAUCCCACUCCUUUAUGGUAAUACCAGAAUGCCCCUACCCGCUGUUAGGACGGGACUUACUGACCAAGAUUGGAGCUCAGAUAACUUUCAGACAAGGGGGGCCUCAGGUCGAUGGCAAGGGCCACGCCAUCCAGGUCCUGACCAUGAAACUGGAGGAUGAAUACUGCCUCCACCAGGAGGCGCUCCCGAGAGAGGAUAAUAUAGACAGAUGGUUACAAGAAUUCCCCUCCGUUUGGGCACAGAGGGGGGAGAUAGGACUGGCUGCUCACAGGACCCCGGUCCUGGUAGAGCUCAAGCCAGGAGAGAGUCCGGUAAGGAUCAAACAAUACCCCAUGUCUCAGGAGGCCCGGAAGGGGAUCCAGCCACACAUCCGGAGAUUACAAAGCUUAGGCAUACUAGUUGCUUGCCAGUCUCCCUGGAACACCCUACUGCUAGUCAAAAAGCCUCACACAAAUGACUACCGACCGGUACAAGACCUCCGGGAAGUAAAUAAGAGGGUCACGGACAUACACCCAACUGUUCCCAACCCAUAUACUCUCUUGAGCUCCUUGGCGCCCUCCAGGGUCUGGUAUGCUGUACUAGAUUUAAAGGACGUCUUCUUCAGUCUGCCGCUGGCACCCCAGAGCCAAACCUUGUUCGCCUUCAAGUGGCAUGCGGAGGAGGGCUACAGUGGGCAACUCACCUGGACACGGCUACCUCAGGGAUUCAAAAAUUCGCCCACCAGCUUUGAUGAGGCACUACACGGCCUGGGUCAGUACAGAAAGGAGCACCCUGGCCUCACCCUCCUACAGUACAUAGAUGACAUCCUGAUUGCUGCCGACACGGCCAAAGACUGUGAGCGAGGGACCGAGGACCUGCUGGCUACCCUGGGGGCCUUAGGGUACCGGGCAUCUGCGAAAAAGGCUCAGAUAUGCCGGGAGAGGGUAAGUUACCUGGGAUAUAUCCUGGAGGGUGGACAGCGGCGGUUAUCAGAUGCCAGAAAAGAAACUGUCCUAAAGAUCCCUACUCCCACCUCCCGAAGAGAAGUAAGGGAAUUCUUAGGAUCAGCCGGCUACUGCCGCCUCUGGGUUCCAGGUUUUGCUGAGAUCGCCAGGCCCCUAUAUGAAGCUACCAAAGAGGGGAAAACAUUUAAAUGGGCUGAAAAAGAAGAAACUGCCUUUAAUCAGUUAAAAAAGGCCCUCCUAAGUGCCCCAGCCCUGGGCCUACCAGACAUUAUGAAGCCCUUCCACCUCUUUGUAGACAAACAUAAGGGAAUAGCAAAAGUUCUAACUCAAGCCUUAGGCCCUUGGAACCACCUGGUGGCUUACCUGUCCAAGAAACUAGACCCAGCGGCUGCCGGCUGGCCACCAUGCCUAAGAAUUAUUGCGGCGACAGCACUCCUAGUCAAGGAUGCAAACAAACUGACCCUAGGACAGGAGAUCUGGAUCAUGACCCCACACGCCAUUGAAGGGGUCCUGAAACAGCCUCGUGAUAGAUGGAUGAGCAACACACAUGAGUCAUUACCAGAGCCUCCUAUCAACCCUCCACGAGUGCGGUUCCACCCCAGUGCAGCCUUCAAUCCUGCAACCCUGCUGCCCGACCCUGACCUAGUUGCUCCACUACAUGACUGUGCGGGAAUCCUGGAACAAGUACAUGGAUUCCAUACGGACCUGACUGACUGGCCCCUCCCCGAUGCAGAGGCUACUUGGUUCACUGAUGGCAGCAGCUUUGUGCGAGAUGGACACAGGUAUGCAGGUGCAGCAGUGGUCACCAAAACAGACACCAUAUGGGCAGAGGCUCUACCCUCUGGAACAUCAGCCCAACGGGCAGAGCUCAUAGCCCUCACCAAGGCACUGAUGCUGGGAGCUGGAAAACAGCUUAACAUCUAAGACAGCCAUUAUGCGUUUGCCACAGCUCAUAUUCAUGGGGCAAUUUAUCAGGAGAGGGGGUGGUUACUGAUGGCAGAAGGACGAACUAUAAAAAAUAAGCAGGAGAUACUUAACCUGCUUACGACCGAACGCCCGCGGGGAAUUGACUGCCUUGGCGACCUUGCGCUGCACCUGGGCACUCACGGAACAUGGCGCUCUGUCGCCUCUUGGCCCUGCAGGCUGGAUGCCCUCUCUUCCAAGGCAGUGAGCUUACAGACCACGGCCAGGCAGGUUCGGGCGCUAGGAGGUGUAGAGACCCUUGCUUGGUGGGUGUGCAGGCCGGGAGCUGGGCUAGAUGAGGAGGAGCUGCCUGGUGACAAAUUCUCUCCCUUGGGUCUCAUUGUCCCACCCCCACCCUCUCUGGUCUACAUGGACAUCCAGAGACCUAGAGCAUCAGAAGGGGUCCAGCCAAGAGCUGUGUCGGGAGGCUGGGCCAGAUGUAUUAGCGGGGAGCUGUCCCCCUUGCUAGGGCCUAGUGGAAAUGAAGAUAAACAUCUUCAUUCCACACUGAUCGCAUUCCCACUGGAUGGAAAUAUUGAAUGCCUUUUGGUCAUGGCUAAUGAUGUGGCCCUCUCCAAACCCAGGACAUAUGCAGAUGCCCAGGGAGAAUGCCUCGUGGCUUUCCUAAGUUGGUCUCAGUCCACACACAGAGACCCUGUGUCUGUCCCCUACACCAACCAAGGUGCCUGGAGUGGAGGAGCCAUGGAGCUGGCACUCAGCAGGCAUCCAGUGAUGGGCGUCGGUUUCCAACUGGGUCCCCUGAUCAGUAACAGCCAUGAGCACCAGAUAUUCCGAAGGAGCCAUGGAUCUGGCACUCAGUCAUCUGGCACCCAAGUAUGGACUUCUGUUUCCCACUGGGUCCCGUGUUCAGUAACAGACAUGAGCAUUGGAUAUCCCAAAGAGAAUAGCCCUCCUAUUCCUGUCCUUGGUGCUUGGCUGUUUGUAGCCAGGGGUGCAGGAGAGUGA